AUGGUAACAACUACAACAACUACGCUUCUCACUUCCUUCCAUCGUCUCUUCUCUCCACGCGGCCUCACUAGGAAUUUCCAUUUCUACCCUCCUAACCGUUUUCUCGCAUGCAGAGUCAUGGAUUCACCGGACGGUGGAUCGUCGGCGCCCUCACCGGCACCGUUGAUAGACUCUGUAACUCAGGAUUUUAAGAAUCAAACGAUUCACACUAACAAAUUCAAAACCCUCGAGGAUCUCAAUUGGGAUAAUUCCUUUGUUAGGGAAUUGCCUUCUGAUCCUAGAACCGAUUCGUUUCCGCGAGAGGUUUUGCAUGCUUGCUAUACGAGGGUUUCGCCAUCAGUUCAAGUGGAUGAUCCUCAACUUGUAGCAUGGUCUGAAUCUGUUUCCAAUUUACUUGAAUUGGACAAUAAAGAAUUUGAAAGGCCAGAUUUUCCCCUUUUCUUCUCUGGUGCAUCACCUUUGGUUGGAACGUUGCCUUAUGCUCAGUGCUAUGGCGGACAUCAGUUUGGUAUGUGGGCUGGGCAGUUGGGUGAUGGUAGGGCAAUUACACUUGGAGAGAUACUGAAUUCAAAGUCUGAAAGGUGGGAACUGCAGCUUAAAGGUGCCGGGAAGACUCCUUACAGUCGGUUUGCCGAUGGCCUUGCAGUGCUCCGUAGCAGCAUCAGGGAGUUCCUUUGCAGCGAAGCAAUGCAUCACCUGGGGAUACCAACAACUCGUGCUCUUUGUCUUGUGAACACUGGAAAGUUGGUCACUCGAGACAUGUUCUAUGAUGGCAAUCCAAAGGAAGAACAGGGUGCAAUCGUUUGCAGAGUUGCUCAAUCUUUUCUGCGUUUUGGGUCAUACCAAAUACAUGCUUCCAGAGGUAGUAAUGAGGACCUGGAAAUUGUUCGUGGUUUGGCAGACUAUGCUAUUAAGCACCACUUUCCUCAUAUUGAGAACAUGAGUAAGAGUGAAAGCUUAUCUUUCAGCACCAGUGAUGAAGAUGCUGUGGAUCUUACAUCAAACAAGUAUGCAGCAUGGGUGGUGGAGAUUGCUGAGCGUACUGCUUCCAUGAUUGCUAGAUGGCAGGGUGUUGGUUUCACUCAUGGUGUGAUGAACACGGAUAACAUGAGCAUUUUGGGUCUUACUAUUGAUUAUGGUCCAUUUGGGUUCUUGGAUGCUUUUGACCCUAAAUUUACCCCAAAUACUACUGACCUUCCAGGAAGAAGGUACUGUUUUGCAAACCAGCCUGACAUUGGUUUAUGGAAUCUUGCACAGUUUACAACAACACUGGCAGCGGCUCAUUUAAUAAAUGACAAAGAGGCUAACUAUGCUUUGGAAAGAUAUGGGUCAAGAUUUAUGGAUGAUUAUCAAGACAUAAUGACCAAAAAGCUUGGCCUCCCAAAGUAUAAUAAGCAGCUGAUUGGCAAACUUCUUACUAACAUGGCUGUUGACAAAGUGGAUUAUACAAACUUCUUUCGUACACUCUCAAAUAUUAAAGCAGACACAAGUAUUCCGGAUGAAGAAUUGUUAGUGCCACUAAAGUCAGUUUUGUUGGAUAUUGGUAAAGAGCGUAAAGAAGCAUGGACAAGUUGGUUGAAAACCUAUAUACAUGAGCUCGCUACCAGCGGCACUACUGAUGAUGAGAGGAAGACCUCGAUGAAUACGGUAAAUCCUAAAUAUAUUCUCAGAAACUAUCUAUGCCAGACUGCAAUUGAUGCUGCAGAAAUUGGUGAUCUUGGAGAAGUUCGCAGGCUACUCAAAUUAGUGGAACACCCGUUUGAUGAGCAGCCAGGAAUGGAGAAGUAUGCUCGCUUACCCCCAGCAUGGGCUUAUCGUCCAGGUGUAUGCAUGCUAUCUUGUUCCUCAUGA